AAACAUCCCGCAAAAACGGCUCCCAGAACGGCUUCUGAAACAAAGCAGCCGCGCCACACGUUUGGUCGUGCGAAUUGGCACACAAAAGGUAAAUGAAGAAAUGCGCGCGGAAUUGAUUUGGGAAAUGUGAUGCUGUUAGUUUUGAGUGUGCAAUGUUUUUGACUUUUAAAGUUGUUCCACACUUCAAGUUUUUUGCACAAAUGGUUGUUGUUUAUUUUUUGUAUUGCUAAGCACUAUACAACUUAGAUUUGGCUAGGUACCUCAUUUUCCUCCGUAAGCUGAAUGUGUCAAAAUGUCUGGUAAGCGACCACGGGCAUUGUGUGCACUUAACGUUCUUGCAGCCGCUGGGUCGUGAUGACAAUGCCAACGCUUUGGAAAAGCAUGUGGGGUAGGUGCCAAGCACUUUGAACAAGGGCAUGUCAUGAUAAGCACCUCAUCACUCCGCCUUUUGGUGCGGCAAUGGCAGCUGAGUCUUUCAGGCAUGUGGUCUCGCUUGGGUGUCGAUGUUCGCAAGCUUCGGUGUACAGAGACUUUGGGCAAAGGCGUUAUGCAUGUCCCUUUGAUUGGAUUUUCAGCUCUGCGAAGAUGGUGGCCCAUUGCCUGCAAAAUGAUUUCAAGGACUUCUUGGACCGGCACCAGUAUUUUGAAAAUGCCGCUGUUUUUGACGCCGUUGGCUUGAAACCUGGAUCUGCCCCACGCGAACGGAAACUCAUUGGGCAUCAACUCUAUUCAACAAUGACUGGUGGUGUGGGUCGGGGGACCAUCUUCAAUCAUCGAGACCCAUUGCACAAUGAUGAGGACUACCUUCACAUGGUCCGGUGUGUGGAGCGAUUCCGCUUGGUUUUGGCUUCAGAGGAGCGGAAGCUCUUCGUGAUGCUCAAUUUGAACAAGCAGUUGUGGCUGGAACAAGACCUUUUGACUCUCUUUGAGGAGCUUCGCAAACACACGACAAAUUUCUUGUUUCUUGUGGUCGAUUGCAGCUGGAAGAACCUGGGAGAAUCUUCGGAUCCGCAACUCUUGAAUGAGAUAGAGGAUCCUGAAAGUCAUGCCCGCUUGGUGAUGUACAGGUUGCCAUGUGCAGGCGACAACACAGGGUCCUACUUCCACAAUGAAGCAGAUGCCCAAGGUGUUAAAUCACUUUUAUUGGAGCCAUUCCGUUUCGACCUGGCAAUUGACCCGCUCGACCAAUCUCAGACGGAGUUGCCAGACGCAACGCAGGGUUACACGAGAAGGUCGGCAGUGACAUUGUUGGCUGGACUUGUCAAUUAAUCGAAGGAGUUUUAGGAAAUUGACAUCGUUGCUUGGAAGUUUGCUGUUUGCAGUUAUGGCUCCUUGCCGGUUGCAGGUUCCUUCUUUUAAUUGAUCCCGUGGAAUCUCAGUUUAGCCUGUUGCAAGCUUUUAGAGAGAACAUGUUUAGCUUUUUCACUCCAUGUUUUUGUGCUUCCAUGUUUGGGCAACAGAAGCUGGAAUUGGGCAUGCAAGGUGCACCUGACAAUACGAGUUGCUCAGCGUUUCUUGACUUGCUAGGCGUCGGUGGGGUGCAAAGAAGCAGCAGGCGUAAGCUGCAGCGACUUCGAAACGCUGAAGGCACUUUGUUCACGUGUGAGAUCGUUCGAGCACCUCUGCCGGUCGAGGACCAUCUGAGGUGCGCUUUCUGUUGAUGGGCUUUGAUGGAAAGGGAGCUUGAUGGAUGACCAAGGACUAGAGGCUCAACAAGAAAAGAGAAAGGAUGAAAGAAAGGUCUAACAGGUCCAAAGAAAGAUGGACAAUAAAUAGAGACAGAAAAGAAGGAGCAACCAUAGCAUGCCUGGCCCUUUGCCAGUUGCACCUUUGCUGCAUGUCAUAAGCCACAUGCUGACUCAACAUACGCUCGCAAAAAGUUUUGAACGCAGAGAAGUAUCGGAAUGUGCAACUUUUGUUCGACUAGGAGGACUGGAGUAGUUUGAUUUGAUAUGUUUAGAUUUC